CGCAGCAGAGCAGUUUGCCCGGAAACGUGGAAGUUUGGGCUGGCGGGAAGUGCCUCUCAGUCAGACCGCAGGGCCAAACGAGCGGCCCAACGCGGAACUGGCGACGUCAUCACCCAGAAGCAACGGCGGCUCGGCGGGUUGACGUCACCAUAACAACAUAAGCGACUCUUUCUUUAAUUUUAGGAGAUUCCAGAGAGCCAAGUUCUCCGGAGGAGUUCCCUGCCCAGCUCCGCGGUGACCAUGGAGCGCCUCCGAGUGUUGGGUGCGGUGUUCGGGACCGUGUUGUGGGGGCUUUCCGUGUCCGCCGCACAGGAAACCAGCAAACCCGCAGUUUCUCUUCGAAAUGUCACCGGACCGAGUCUGUCGAACUCCACCGGCCCCCGCGACCAGGACCAGCACGGGGGUCUGUUCACUGGCCUGCAGGUGGACGGCUCCAUGAUCCAGAGGGCUCUGUACGUCCUGAUCGGAAUCACCAUGGUGGGUCUGCUCUACUUCCUGGUCCGAGCCGUGAGGUUGAAGAAACCCAGCCAGAGAAAGAAAUACGGGCUGCUGAAAAACUAUGAAGACAGCGUGGAGAUGGAAGAUCUGAAUAGUGAUGAAGAGGAGACGGUGUACGAGACCCGCAGUCUGAGAAGAUGAGAGUCGGCGUUGGACUGAGACAGGACACAUUCCAGCAGUUUAGUUUUCAACAGUUACUACAAUUUUAUUUUUUUUUGUCCUGAGAAGUGGACGCCUGUCUCUCAAUGUGACGACCUGUCUUUGAGAGGAGGACGGGGUCAACCGGUGACGGACCACUCAUGGAAGUAAGACAUGGACCAAACCAGCUGUUUGAUAUGAAGCCGGCGCCGCAGGUCGCUGGAGGAACAUGAGCAGGGUGUUUUUGUCAGGGACUUUGGGGCUGGAUGUGGUUGUUGGAUUGUUUAUUCUGGAUGACAGUUGUACCUGUUGUUUUAUAGCAUCUUUGUUUUCUUGGUUAUUUCGGACAACUGAAAUAUUGUUUUUGAUAAUGCGGCCUUGCCAAAACGUUGUCCUCGCUGGUCUGAGAAGGAAACAGGCCCGAGACUCUAUUUCCCCUUUGAAAAUGUGCUGAAACUACUGUCUUCCGACUCCGGACCAGCUCCUGAACUUUGCAGUGUCGGUUCAGACGACGCUCUGACAUCCGAAUACUGUUGGUGAGCGACGCAAACUGACCUGGACUUGUCAUCCUGCAGGGUGGACCACCACGAGUCUGUCCUGUUUGUCUAGCUGUGAAACUGCUUCGUCUUAAACUCAGAUUCAGUUCUGCCUGGACAGCCGAGGCUUUUCCUUGCUUUCUAUCCAGGAGAUGUGUUUUGUUCCAUGAAAUCCAUCUUUAUUGUGAAACUGGUCACUAAAACCAUCAGAAUACCCAACGAAGGUUUAAUGACACUUGUAAAGGUCUCAUUUCCACCACCGAGGAGACGCGUCAUACGUUCAUCAAAACGUGUCCAAGCAAAACGUCAUUAUGAAGAUGUUAAUGAAUAAAAGUUAUGAUUUAAUGAUGUGAACUCAGGAUGCCUUGAAAUAAAACAAACCUGUGUUCUGUUUCUCUUUGGAAGGGCAGAUGAUUAAG